CACUUCUAGGGGGCAGCAGAGUUUAUCCAGGCCGUUGCCCCACUAUUCUAAACAUAUCGGGCAGCGAAGAAGAAGGCGCUUCCGUCGCGGACUUGUAGCGAGCUUGCUAGUUGCUAAUGCUGGCAAGAAGCGACUCGUUUGAAGGAUAUUAAAAUCAUGAGCUAUGCAGAGAAACCAGACGACAUAACAAGGGACGAAUGGAUGGACAAACUCAACAAUGUCCACAUUCAGAGAGCUGAUAUGAACAGACUUAUUAUGAACUAUUUGGUGACAGAGGGGUUCAAGGAGGCGGCAGAAAAGUUCCGAAUGGAGUCUGGGAUCGAGCCAAGUGUGGACUUGGAAUCCCUUGAUGAGAGAAUAAAGAUCAGAGAAAUGAUCCUGAAGGGACAGAUCCAGGAUGCCAUUGCGCUGAUCAACAGUCUGCAUCCAGAACUGCUGGAUACGAAUCGCUACCUUUACUUUCACUUGCAGCAGCAGCAUCUUAUUGAGCUCAUUCGCUUGAGGGAGACCGAAGCUGCCCUCGAAUUUGCCCAGUCUCAGUUAGCAGAGCAGGGGGAGGAGAGCCGAGAAUGUCUGACCGAAAUGGAGAGGACGCUGGCCCUGCUGGCGUUCGAUAACCCUGAAGAGUCACCUUUUGGAGAUCUCCUCAAUAUGAUGCAGAGACAAAAGGUGUGGAGCGAAGUGAAUCAGUCUGUGCUGGACUAUGAAAACCGAGAGUCAACGCCCAAGUUGGCCAAACUCCUGAAGCUGCUGCUGUGGGCUCAAAAUGAACUUGACCAAAAGAAAGUGAAGUAUCCCAAAAUGACAGACCUCAGUAAGGGGACGAUUGAGGAGCCAAAAUAAUGAAAACAUCAAAUGGACACAUUUCCGGUUUCUAUUUAUACCCCAACAAAAUGACGUUAGCUAACCCCCCACCCCCCUUUUGUUACGUUGAACUGGAUUAAUACUAUUUCAAAAUGACCUCUUACUCAAUGGCACACGCAUUAUUUUACUUGGUGUUAUCAUUUAAAUAUACUGACUGAAAUCAGUAUUUUUCUUUCCAUAUUUACAUGUACGCUAGGUUUUUUUUCUGUCUGUUGGCAGAGAAAGUUGGUAUUAGAAGGUGAAUAAAGCCUAAAUUAGGCUGUCACUCUGUGACCAUCAAGGUGUGCUUCCAGUGAAAACGAUUGCCUGUGUGUGCAUGUCCUCAACAAAAGCUUCCACAUGCCAGCAAGCAGACUACACCAGACACAACAAGACACUUAUGGAUGUUUCAAAAUACUUCGUUAACUAUAACUUUCCUCUUCAUAGCUGAACGUGUGGCAGUGAUAAGUACGUGCAGACACAAAGACACAUGGAUGCUAUGUACAUGAGUGAAAUAUAAGAUGCCCUUUUGCUCUAUCUGCUGUGCUUCUAUUUGCUGUUAUUUUAUUUUGCAAUAAAUGCAAGUUUUACAGUUUUACCAAA